UCUCUCAGACACUCGCUGCUUGUUAUAUCCAUCAAUUUAUCGAAGUAAAAUUCGUAUAAUCGGGAGAUUCGUUUAAUUUGAAAGUCGUCAUUGUUAACAAAAGUUCGUUCUUUAUUUCCGCUGGUACGUUUGAUCGAUUUCAGCGAAGGUGUUGGCAAUGAUUUCGUUGGUUUAAAUUGGAUUUUUAAAGUUAUCCCCACCCUUGAUACUUAGUCCAUCCUCCUUCAUCGAAAUAGUAGCAGCAGUACCUUCUGCUGUUUGGCCGACGUAACAGACCAAGAAAAACCACUCGAUCGAAAAUGUAUCCGAAAAGUAUCGGGGAACGUCAGGCCACCAAGGAGCAUGUUUUGGCUGUUACAAGAGAUUUCAUUUCACAACCACGGCUUACGUACAAAACUGUGUCAGGUGUAAAUGGACCAUUAGUAAUAUUGGACGAAGUCAAAUUUCCAAAGUAUGCAGAAAUUGUGCAAUUGAAGCUCGCUGACGGAUCUAUAAGAUCUGGUCAGGUGCUUGAGGUAUCUGGUUCUAAAGCUGUUGUUCAGGUGUUUGAGGGCACCUCUGGUAUUGAUGCAAAAAAUACUCAUUGCGAGUUCACCGGCGACACUCUUCGGACCCCUGUGUCCGAAGAUAUGUUGGGUCGUGUUUUCAAUGGGUCUGGGAAACCAAUUGACAAAGGCCCUCCUAUUCUUGCGGAGGAUUACCUAGAUAUUGAAGGCCAACCGAUAAAUCCAUGGUCGCGUAUCUAUCCUAAAGAAAUGAUUCAAACUGGCAUUUCCGCUAUCGACGUUAUGAAUUCUAUUGCUCGUGGACAGAAGAUUCCUAUUUUCUCUGCUGCAGGUUUACCACACAACGAGAUUGCUGCGCAAAUUUGUCGUCAAGCUGGUCUUGUAAAAUUGCCUGGAAAGUCAGUCUUGGAUUCUCACGAAGAUAACUUUGCUAUUGUAUUUGCUGCUAUGGGUGUGAACAUGGAAACUGCUCGUUUCUUUAAGCAAGAUUUUGAGGAAAAUGGUUCGAUGGAAAACGUGUGCCUCUUUUUGAAUUUGGCUAAUGAUCCUACUAUCGAAAGAAUUAUCACUCCACGUCUGGCAUUGACCGCAGCCGAAUUUUUGGCUUAUCAAUGCGAAAAACACGUUUUAGUUAUACUUACUGACAUGUCUUCUUAUGCCGAGGCUCUUCGAGAAGUAUCAGCUGCUCGUGAAGAAGUCCCAGGACGACGUGGUUUUCCCGGUUAUAUGUACACCGAUUUGGCAACUAUAUACGAACGAGCUGGUCGAGUAGAAGGCCGUAAUGGUUCCAUUACUCAAAUUCCAAUCCUAACUAUGCCAAAUGAUGAUAUUACUCACCCUAUUCCUGAUUUAACUGGGUACAUCACUGAAGGACAAAUUUAUGUUGAUCGUCAACUUCAUAAUAGACAAAUUUACCCACCUGUUAACGUACUCCCCUCUCUGUCUCGUCUUAUGAAGUCCGCUAUUGGUGAAGGUUUUACGCGAAAAGAUCAUUCUGAUGUGUCUAAUCAGUUGUACGCAUGCUACGCUAUUGGAAAAGACGUACAAGCUAUGAAAGCUGUUGUUGGUGAAGAGGCUUUGACGCCAGAUGACCUGUUGUAUCUAGAAUUCCUUUCAAAGUUCGAGAAAAAUUUCAUUUCUCAGGGAGGCUACGAAAAUCGUACAGUUUUCGAAUCACUGGAUAUUGGCUGGCAGUUGUUACGUAUCUUCCCUAAGGAGAUGCUCAAACGAAUUCCUACCAACAUUCUCGCCGAAUUUUAUCCAAGAGAUUCACGUCAUUAAUUUCUUUUACGUUUAAAUGUCUUUUGUUUUUUAACUCUAUAGAAAAAGUUGUAAAUGAAAAAGAUGGGAAAAUUUCUGACCUAUUCUUUAUGAAUUGAAAAAGGUUAAACAUUUACGAAUUUCAAAAACAAAUUAAUAGAGUUAGAGUAUUUUUGUUCAAAGUUUAAGUAAAAUUAAAAUUAGUAUGUUUUGAUAAAUUAACUGGACAAUAAUGACAAAUAUGUACUAGAACUUAUACCUAAAGGUCAGAAACUGUUGUACAAUUUAACAUUAAUUUUAUAUCGUUAAAAUAUGAUUCUAAUAAUGUUUUGUGUUUCGUAUGAAUAAUCACUUAUAAAAAGUGAUUGUGUAAAGUGUAAUAUAUUAUUCAGUAUUAACAUAGGAAAAAGAAUAUGAUUGUAUAACACUUUAUAUUUUUCGGUCCUACAUUCCAAUAUAAAAUUACCAUCUGUAGAAAUGUUACUCUUUUACUUAGUUAAAAGAAAUAAAUAUUGAAUGUUAUUUAAUA